AGGAACGCGGAUGGGUUCAUCGACAUCGAGGAGCUGGGUGAGAUCCUGAGGGCCACUGGGGAGCCUGUCACUGAUGAGGACAUAGAAGACAUGAUGAAGGACUCGGACAAGAACAAUGACGGCCGCAUCGACUUUGAUGAGUUCCUGAAGAUGAUGGAGGGUGUGCAGUAA